UCAGUGGGUUUUGACAUGUAUGUAGCGCCUACGUCACUUCAGGCAUGCGCUAUAGCAUGGGAAAUGCUCCCGAUCUCGCAGCACUGAUCUUCAACCGUUCUGAUACUGAUAUUCAGCCAUAUUUGUCCUAUUUCGCCGUUAGUUGUUUAUGUCGUCGUGAUAUAUAAAGUCGAGAAAAUUGUGUUUACCUCAUUAAUCGGUUGACGGAACGUAAGCCUAGUGAUAUAGACAGAAGGGAAGUGUAAUAAUAUACCAUACAAGCUAAUAAAAAAUAAAAAGUGCAGAUACAGAAGUUGUCAUCACGAAGCAGAGGGCAUGCAGAUUCCACGUGGGAUUCAGCGAACGCGUCAUGUUAUGUGUUCCGUGAUGUAGCAUGUACCGGCAAAAAUUUUUGUGUUGCUAAAAGACGCGUGGUCCCGUCAAAACAGUAGUGUGUUGGCGUGUGUGGUUCGUGUUGACGAGAUUCGUGAGAUUCUCACCGGAAUAUUAUACUGAGUUCACGACGAUUUACGCAUCGUGUACGUGUCUUGGCUGGCGAGUGAACAGUUUUUAUCAGCUUUCAAUUUCUUCGGCGUGGAUUUUACUAUAAACUCCUGAAAUAAAUGCGAUUAUUAUUAUUAUAUUUUUCUCGACACGGUAUCAAUUAAGGAAAAAUGGUACCUCUAGGUCCAUCGCCGGGCCAUCAAACGUCCGUUGGUAAUUCUACAGGUGCAGCUGCUAGUAGUACAAAAAGCAACACAAUAGUGAGACCUAACUAUACGUUAAAAUAUACUUUAGCUGGUCAUACUAAGGCGGUUUCGUCUGUAAAAUUCAGUCCAAAUGGAGAAUGGUUGGCAAGUUCUGCCGCUGAUAAACUUAUCAAAAUCUGGGGAUCUUAUGAUGGAAAAUUUGAGAAGACCAUAUCUGGUCACAAACUUGGUAUUUCAGACGUAGCGUGGUCUAGUGACAGUAGGUUGUUAGUAUCAGGUUCUGACGAUAAAACUUUAAAAAUAUGGGAAUUGAGCUCUGGAAAAUGUUUAAAAACAUUAAAAGGACAUAGUAAUUAUGUCUUCUGUUGUAAUUUUAAUCCACAGUCUAAUCUUAUAGUAUCUGGUUCUUUCGAUGAAAGUGUACGUAUCUGGGAUGUUAGAACAGGAAAGUGUCUCAAAACUUUGCCAGCUCAUUCAGAUCCAGUAAGUGCAGUACAUUUCAAUAGAGAUGGUUCUUUAAUCGUGUCGAGUAGCUAUGAUGGAUUAUGUCGAAUUUGGGACACAGCAUCAGGACAAUGCCUAAAAACAUUGAUUGAUGACGAUAAUCCACCAGUAUCGUUUGUUAAAUUUUCGCCGAAUGGAAAAUACAUUUUGGCCGCUACAUUAGACAACACGUUGAAACUCUGGGAUUACAGUAAAGGAAAGUGCUUAAAAACCUAUACUGGUCACAAAAACGAAAAAUAUUGCAUCUUUGCAAACUUCUCUGUAACAGGUGGCAAGUGGAUUGUGUCUGGUUCUGAAGACAAUAUGGUAUAUAUUUGGAAUUUACAAACAAAAGAGAUUGUACAGAAAUUACAGGGUCAUACAGAUGUAGUACUCUGUACAACCUGUCACCCAACAGAGAAUAUAAUAGCUUCCGCUGCCCUCGAAAGUGACAAAACCAUUAAAUUGUGGAAAAGUGAUACAUAAUAAAGACUUGAAUAUUUUUCUUGUAUGGA